AUGCGUUUACCCUACGCUCCUUCCACCCCACCUGUGGAUGCACCCCCCGACACCGCCGACGUUUAUGCCCGCAUCGCGGAGCGCAGAAACCCCCGUCCUUUGAUCCCGCUUGAUCUGUCCCUCCUCCACAGCCCACCUGUUGCCGAUGGCUGGAACAGCUUCAUCGGAGCUAUUCGGUCGCGUACCAUAAUCGACUCUGGUAUCAUGGAGUUGGCAGUCUGCCGUGUUGCCGUACUCAAUAACGCUACAUACGAAUGGAAUGCUCACGCUCCAUUGGCUUUGAAAGGUGGCAUCCAGCCAGAUCAAUUGCACGCUACUCUUACACUGCCUUGCACCGCUGAGGGGCAGCGUGCCGUUCUACGCUAUACCGACCAGAUGACUCGCACCAUCAGAGUUGAAGAUGAUGUUUUUGCUGAAUUGAAGACGGUCGGGUAUAAUGACCGUGAGAUUGUGGAGCUCACCACCGGCAUCGCCGGUUAUAACUGUGUGAGUCGGUUUUUGGUUGCGCUGGACGUCGGCGAGAACAAUGCUCGCGAGAUGAAGAGUGUAGACGAGUUAGUUGCUACUCUAUAG